AUGUCCGAAUACGCCGGGACGCCUAGACUGGAGCUUGACUGUGCGCUCGGCUUUAGUGGGCGAGUACCGAAUGGCCUCAUUGCCCACCCCGAUGGUGUCCACAUCAUCCACCCCCUUGGCGCGUGCAUUGUGAUUCGCGAGAUCGGCAAGGCCUUUUCUUCCGACUUCCUCUACGGCCACAACGACAAAAUAAGCUGCCUUGCCGUGAGCCCUAGCGGGCGCUACGUGGCCUCGGGCCAGGUCACCCACCCGGGCUUUCAGGCGGAUGUCUGCAUCUUCGACUUCGCCGAGCGCCGUCUGGUGCACCGCAUGCUCCUGCACAAGGUCAAGGUCCAGGCCCUGUCCUUUUCCUCGGAUGAGCGCACCUUGGCCUCGGUGGGGGGCCCGGAGGACAACACCGUGGUGCUGUGGGAUGUCGAGACCGGCCGGCCCUUCUGCGGGGCCCCGGCCCACCACACCGAGACGAAAUGCGUCGCCUUUCUCAACCGGGACUCGCUGAAGAUCAUGACGGGGGGGGUGGGCUCACUGCGGGUAUGGUCAGUGGAUAUGGAGAGCCGGAAGAUGAAUCCGGUGGAUAUCAACAUAGGCAACCUGCGCCGCUCUGUCACCACGCUCGCGAUCGAGCAGACGGACAAGUACGCCUACUGCGGUACCACCACCGGGGAUGUCCUGUGCGUGCAGCUUGGCAGUGCCGGUGUUCUCAAGAUGAAAGGCCCCCUCAACAAGUCCUCCGGCGGCAUCCUCUCCAUCAUCUUCAAUCGCGACGGACACCUACUGGUCGGCAGUGGCUCGGGUGAGGUGCGGCUGCUCUCGAAGAUAAACCUUACGGUAUUGCACGAGGCAUCCGUCAAAGGUGGCGUGACCGGCCUCGCGUUAGUCGGGCCGCAUUUCUUUGUGGGCACAGAUGCGAGUAAUAUGUACUUCAUCAACGGGGGGAACUUCCGCACCGAGCUCCGAAUGACGUGCCAUAACGGCUACAUCAACGACUUGGUCUUUCCCGCGGGGCUAAGCAUGGUCUUCGCGACCUGCGGCGGGUCUGAUAUUCGGCUGUGGAAUGCCAAGUCGUGUACGGAGCUCCUCCGAAUCGAGAUUCCAGGCCUCACUUGCAAUUGUAUCCACUUCACCGAGGAUGGCUCGAUGAUCACUUCGGGCUGGAGCGAUGGGCGGCUUCGAAGCUUUGGCCCGCAGACCGGCAAGCUCAUCUUCACCAUGCACGACGCGCAUAAGUCGGAAUCCCUAGGCCAGCGUGUGAAGAUCGGUGGCCAUGUCGGCGUCACCGCCGUUUGCAAUGACCACAGCUCAACCAGCGUUAUAACCGGGGGCUCGGACGGGCAGGUUCGGAUUUGGCGUAUCACCGGGAAGUCGUGCUUUUUAAAGGCGUCGAUGAAAGAACACAAAGGAACGGUCAACGCGCUGACCAUCACACGGGAUGAUACCGAGUGCGUCUCCGCCAGCGACGACGGGAGCUGCAUCGUUUGGGACCUUACGCGGUUUGUGCGGCGCAAUAUUAUUUAUCUACAAACCUACUUCCGCGCGGUCGCCUACUACCCGGACGAGAGCCAGAUCAUCACCUGCGGUAAUGAUAAAAGCAUCACGUACUGGGAUGCGAUCGACUGCAAUGCGAUCCGGGAGCUUUCCGGGAGCAAAACGGGCGAACUUAACACACUUUCCAUGGCACCUAAUGGGGAAUUUUUCGCCACAGGAGGAAACGAUCGAAUCCUCAAGGUGUGGAACUACGAGCGUGGCGACUGUAUUGCGGUGGGGGUUGCACACAGCUGCAGUAUCACAAAGGUGAUGGUUACCCCGGAUGGAAAGAAAAUUGUCUCGAUAGGAGACGAAGGGGCCGUUUUAAUAUGGAACGUUGAUAAUUUGGUCAUUGAAAAGCUCUAA